CUGCCAAUAUAUUCCGGCCUCCCUUUGUCAGUGGACUCUGGCGGGGAGAUGCCACCGAUGAGGAUAUGAUGACGCACUUCAGCCUAGUAAUUAUCCUGACGCUCCAACCCAUCUAGUGUGUAAGAGUUACCAACAACCGCGCCGGCAAGUCUGGUGCAAUCGCGGGGUUGACGACCAAUCAGUGGUCAGACUCGGUCGAUGAUGACGCUGCCUGGGGGAGAUGGAGGCCGCGUGUUCCGGCCCUCCUCCGCAAACAUUUAGGUAGCUAAUGUUGGUCGACUCCGAUAGCCUUCAGGAGACAGAAGCUCGCUGUCUCAGCGUGAUCUGGCUUGGGCAAUAUCAAUUUACGAUCCUCAUAAUCGACCGCGUGCCUGUGUACAAAGAUCAUGAGGCAGAACAUAAUCUUUUUCGCGGCUACUGCUGCCGCUCUCGUUGUCCCUGGCAUUGAACAACAGCAAGUUUCCCUCUUCGACAUCCAUGACAAGUUUACGGAACACAAUGCCGUCCAGGCAUGGUGGGAUACCAUUCCCAACGCCGAUAGGCUCUUCUCUUCAAUUCAAGACCGCAUGUCCAAGAGCAUCCAGGGUAGCAAUCUCGAUGGAUUGGUUGCCAUGAUUGACGGUGAGAAGGAAGGUCCUCACCCUCGCCCGCCUCAUGGCGGACAUGGUCGCCACGGACAUCACGGACACGGCGACCCGGAAAAGACCAUCUAUGAGUUGAUCAAAGAAAGCGAGCACACGACCAAAUUCGCCAAGCUGGUCGAAGAGCACGAUGAUAUCAAGCAUUUACUCCAGGACACCGAGCACAACUACACACUCUUCAUUCCCACGGACCGCGCCUUCAGACAUAAUCCGCACCGUCACGGCCACCGCGGCGGUGACGACGACACCGACAAUGACGACGACGACGACGAUCACAAACCCUCCAAAGAAUUCAUCCUCGACCUCCUAAAAUACCACAUCACCCCAGGUCUCUACCCCCUGCACCGCGUCCGCUCAAGCAACACCCUCCCAUCCUCCCUCCACCCCUCCGCCCUCAGCACCUCCGCCUCCUCAAAGCAUCACCACCACCAUCCCCAACGCAUCCGGGUGUCCACAGUCCCCUUCCUCCCUAUAACCCGCCUCAACUUCCACGCCCGCCUGAUCACCGGCGACUUCAUCGCCAAGAACGGCCUCAUCCACGCGCUCGACUCCCUCCUCAUUCCCCCGCCCUCACAGACAACCAUCAUCCGCCUGCUCCCCUCCCAGUUCAGCACCCUCGCCCUGGCGCUCCAGACGACGGGUCUGGGCAAUGAAUUGGGCGAGUUGGAGAGGAGCGGUGGCGCGACGCUGUUCGCGCCGUCGAACCUAGCCUGGGCGAGGUUGGGCCCAAGGGCAAAUGCGUUUUUGUUCUCGGAGAGGGGCAGGAAAUAUCUCAAGGGCUUGCUCAAGUAUCAUGUUGCUGUUAAUGAGACGCUGUAUUCGGAUGCAUAUUAUACUGGUGGUGGCAAUGGAAAGGGGGAGGAGGAGGUGGUGGUGGAGCUGGAUGGGUUGGAGGGUGGUCGGAGGCGGGGUAGCUACUGGCAUGUGGACUUGACGAGUCUGUUGGAUGGGAAGCCGAUUAGUGUUGAUGUUCAGAGGUGGAAGCGGUUCGUGUCGAUCGUGGUCAACGGCUUCGUGCCGGUUGUAGUCAAGGAUGGGGUUGCGGACGAUGGGGUUGUGCAUGUGGUGUCGAGGGUAUUGAUUCCGCCUUGCGAGCAUCGUGGCGGGAAUGGAGUUGGGGAAGGGGAUGAGGAGGAGGUGAGUGUUGAGGAGUUGAUGAGACGGUUGGAGCCGUAUGUGGAGGAAACGUCCGCUGGACGGGAGGAUAUGGGAGAUCUGUAGUUAGCGAUGAAGCAGUCGUAAGCACGUUGUGAGUUUGGUUUGUUGGCGAGUUGGAUAUUCUGUACGUACGCUCAUUUUUAGCAGGCUAUGCAAGCUAUCUUUUCAU